AUGCAAAAUUUUAUGUUACUGCUGGAAGGGACAAAGCGGGACUUGACAUCCAAUACAUCAGUGCCUUCAAAGGACGUGGCAUCUUUGCAACUACUCCAUUUGAAAAAGGAGAGUUUUUUGCUGGAGUAUCGAGGUGAACUAAUAAACAAGCAGGAAUGCGAGAAGAGACAGAGGCUUUACCACAGCAGUCUUAAAGUGUUCAUGUUCGAGUUCCGUUUUAAUGGAAAACUGUGGUGCGUUGAUGCUGCAAAAGAGGAUGGAUCACUUGGAAGACUUGUAAAUGAUGACCAUAUCAACCCUAACACCAAGAUGAAGUACUUCAGCGUGCAAGGAAAGCCCCAUCUAUGUUUGUUUGCAAUACGGGACAUAAGUCCAGGAGAGGAGAUCACCUAUAAUUAUGGUGAUUCUGACUGGCCAUGGAGGAGCAAGGAUCUCGAUGAGGAAAUGCCUCAGAAAAGUCCAGAGACCGAAAGUCCCCCAUCAACAAAAGAAGUUGUUGAACAGAAGAAGACAAGUGAGAAAAUCCAGACAAGUCCAGUGCUUGAUGUACUCACCGUGGUUGGAAAGGCUCUCGAUGAGAAAAUAAUUCAGGAAACUCCCAAGACCACAAGUUCCACAUCAACAAAUGAAACUGUUGAACAGAUGACAAGUGACAAUAGCCAGAUUGAAAUGGCUAUGAGCAACUUGAGCCAGGCAAGGCCAGUGCUUGACCUAGUCACCAGAGUUGAAAAGGAUCUUGAUGAGGAAAUGCCUCAGAAGAGUCCAGAGACCACAAAUUCCCCAUCAACAAAGGAAGUUGUUGAACAGAUGACAAAUGAGAAAAGCCAGAUUGAGAGGACUGUGAGUGACCUGAACCAGACAAGUCCAGUACUUGAUGUACUCACUGUGGUUGGAAAGGAUCUCGAUGAGGAAAUGCCUCAGAAGAGUCCAGAGACCACAAAUUACCCAUCAACAAAGGAAGUUGUUGAACAGAUGACAAGUCACAAAAGCCAGAUUGAGAGGACUGUAAGUGACCUGAACCAGACAAGUCCAAUGCUUGAUGUACUCACCAUGGUUGGAAAGGAUCUCGAUGAGGAAAUGCCUCAGAAGAGUCCAGACACCACAAAUUCCCCAUCAACAAAGGAAGUUGUUGAACAGAUGACAAGUCACAAAAGCCAGAUUGAGUGGACUGUAAGUGACCUGAACCAGACAAGUCCAAUGCUUGGUGUACUCACUGUGGUUGGAAAGGAUCUCGAUGAGGAAAUGCCUCAGACGAGUCCAGACACCACAAAUUCCCCAUCAACAAAGGAAGUUGUUGAACAGAUGACAAGUCACAAAAGCCAGAUUGAGUGGACUGUAAGUGACCUGAACCAGACAAGUCCAAUGCUUGAUGUACUCACUGUGGUUGGAAAGGAUCUCGAUGAGGAAAUGCCUCAGAAGAGUCCAGAGACCACAAAUUCCCCAUCAACAAAGGAAGUUGUUGAACAGAUGACGAAUGAGAAAAGCCAGAUUGAGAGAACUGUGAGUGACCUGAACCAGACAAGUCCAGUACUUGAUGUACUCACUGUGGUUGGAAAGGCUCUCGAUGAGAAAAUAAUUCAGGAAACUCCCAAGACCACAAGUUCCACAUCAACAAAUGAAACUGUUGAACAGAUGACAAGUGACAAUAGCCAGAUUGAAAUGGCUAUGAGCAACUUGAGCCAGGCAAGGCCAGUGAUUGACCUAGUCACCAGAGUUGAAAAGGAUCUCGAUGAGGAAAUGCCUCAGAAGAGUCCAGAGACCACAAAUUCCCCAUCAACAAAGGAAGUUGUUGAACAGAUGACAAGUCACAAAAGCCAGAUUGAGAGGACUGUAAGUGACCUGAACCAGACAAGUCCAAUGCUUGAUGUACUCACCGUGGUUGGAAAGGAUCUUGAUGAGGAAAUGCCUCAGAAGAGUCCAGAGACCACAAAUUCCCCAUCAACAAAGGAAGUUGUUGAACAGGUAUAA